GAGUAUUUUACAAAAGGUUCAGCUGCUGAUAAAUAUGGAUAUUAUGGAGCAACUUGUCAAUAUUGUGGACAAUACUGGUUAAGAAGAAAACCAAAAAUAAUAGAAAGCCAUCUUGCACUAUAUUGCAAAAAAGUUUCAAAUAAUGUUAAUACUAUAUUUCUUUGUAAAGUUGCUGAAAGAGCUGAAAGAUCACGAGAUGAUAUUUCUGAAGAACGAAGAAAGCUUAUAAAUCAUGUUCUUUUAAAAGUUUUUAUUUGUUAUGAUAUUCCGUGGGCUGUAAUUGAUAAUCCUUUUUUUGUAGAUUUGCUCAAAAUAUCAGAACCUGGUUAUACUCCUCCAA